AUGCAACGCGUUCUAGCCUCUCUCUCUAUCUACAGAUAUAUAAUUUCAAUAAACAAUAUUGUCAAGUUAAUCUUUAUUUAUUUCAUUAUAUUUAUUUUAAUUAAUAUUAAUAAAGAGAAACGGUUAAAAACGUUAUCAUUGACUAGUCUUAUUUCAGCAUCCCAUCCGCUUUUAGCGAAUGUGGAUGCUUUUUCAUCAUCGAUUUCAUUAAAAUGUUGUUCACAUUCUCGUUCUCGAAUAUCUUGUCAUUUGAAUUAUUCAAAAGCAACAUCAUUGUUACAAGAACAAACAACAGUUGGUGCUGCACUUUUUUCAAAUAGUUCUCUUGAUUAUUUAUGUUCAAUGUAUAGUAUAAAUCUAUUUGCAAUAAUUUCUUCAUCUUGUCCAAUAUUACCUACGGUUCAUUCUUCUCCUGAACAAAUAAUUCGUGUUUGUGAAACAUUAGAAGAAAAUGGUGAUAUUAACAGAUUAGGAAGACUUAUUUGGUCAUUACAACUUUCACCAACAUCAUCAAAUAUAUUAUUUGAACAUGAAAGUAUUUUACGUGCACGUGCUAUUGUUGCUUUUCAUUUGGAUAAUUAUCAAGAACUUUAUCAUUUAUUAAAAAAUUAUAAAUAUAAACGUGAUUAUCAUACGAAAUUACAAAUAAUCUGGAUAGAAGCACAUUAUCAAGAAGCUGAAAAAUUACGUGGAAGACCAUUAGGACCAGCAAGAAUAAAAUUUCGAGAUAUAUUGAAUAUUAUUAUUUAA